CCCCUGCUCCCUUGAUAUUGACCAGCUCCCUCCGUCCAUGAAUUGAUCUGGGGCUAGCUGUAUAAAUAUCCAUGUGUGCCUAGCUAGCUAGAUGCAGCAAGGACAUCAAUCAUCUCCUCUGCUUCUUGCUCCUCAUUGUUGCUCUCAAUAAUGGGUCGCCUCCUCUCCAGCCUCCUUGGCUUUCUACUGACUGCGUUCGUAAACAAUGCAGCUGGGGCUUCCAUUCUGACUCUGACUCCCGAGCAGUACUGGAAGUCUGCUCUUCCAAACACUCCCAUGCCAAGCUCCCUCUCUCGGCUGCUCUGCACAUCGUCGGUCAUCUGCGGGCAUGGGAAGCACGGGGGCACGACGGUUGGUGAGAAAUCCCAUGUGUUUUUCAGUGUCUACACCACAGUGGAGGGGCACUUGCACUUGCCCGACGACCCCAGCGCCGCGCUCUUCUUCUUGGAGAAGGACCUGCAUAUGCACGCGGGCCGGAAGAAGCUGAUGAAGCUCCAUUUCAUGGCCACCCCCGGCGCCGGUGACAAGUUUUUGCCACGAAGCGAGGCCGACGCCAUCCCGUUCUCCUCUGACAAGGUCCCUGAGAUCCUUGGCCACUUCUCCCUGAAACAGGACUCCCAGGAGGCGGCGCAGAUGGCGCAGACGCUGCGCCACUGCGAGGCGCCCGCAGCCGAGGGCGAGCACAAGUGGUGCCCCACGUCACUGGAGUCCAUGAUCGACAUUGCCACGUCCAGCCUUGGAACCAGCCACGUGAGGGCCAUGUCCACCGUCGUCGGUAAGGAGGGAACACCAAGGCAGGACUACACCCUGACCGACGUAAAAUGCACCGGUGCCGACCGUCUCCUGGUCUGCCACGCGGAGCCGUACGCGUACGCCGUGUUCGCGUGCCACCUGCCUCAGGCAACUAGGGCCUACACAUUGUCGAUGGUCGGCGAGGACGGCACGGCGGUGGAGGCGGUCGCGGUGUGCCACGCUGACACGGCCGCCUGGAACCCCAGGCACAUCGCAUUCCAGGUGCUCAAGGUGAAGCCUGGCACCGUGCCGGUGUGCCACUUGGUGCCGCAGGACCACGUCGUCUGGACCAGCGGCCGUGAGUUUGCCAGCUAUUCGGAUGUGUGAGUUGGUUAUGUUCUAGCCUCUCUGUGGUCUGUGUACGCAGAUAAUGGUACUAGUAGCGUGAGAAAUGGCUUUCUACCCUCCAUGAAUACAUGUUUAUUUAGAUUUCGUCUGGUUUUGGUAAGGUUUGUCUUUGUUUUUCAGUGCUCUAUGUAACUUUCGGUUUUCCCUUAUUUCAAAUUGGAUCAUCAUGCAUGUUCCACAGCGUACCGGCAGAUACUGGGUUGUUAUGUCUUUUUACUGGAUUCCCUUCUUGUUUCA